CGCUGACGGGAGGAAGAAAAGUCGAGUGGUUUCUAGGCUCCUGCAAGAGUCGAAGCAGUAGCAGCAGCAGCAGCAGCAGCAGCAGCUGGUGGAUGAAGAGGAUACCAAUAUGAGUUCUCUGGGACAACUGAGAAUAACCAGCAAUUUGAAAAUGAAAGUAAAUUGAGUCUUCAGAAAAGCACACAAUUCUUCUCUUUCCCCAGCUGGUGAGAGAAAAAGGGGAGGAAAUUUGAAGAGAUUUCAAAUUGGAAAAAGUAGAUUAUGCAGAAUUCAACACCAGAUUCCAUGAAAAGGUCAAAGGAGAUUUAUUUUUUCCAAUUAGAAAAAGAAGGAAAUAUCUAGAAGUGACUGAGGAGGAAACAGACAAUUGGAUAGCCACAAAAGGUAGACAGUAAUGCAAGUCUCUAGACAGUAAUGGAGGCCUUGCCCAGUGAGGAAGAAAACAGUAGCUUGAAUAAAAGCUCCAUGCAACAAGAGAUCACACAUAUUUUUGACCUCUUCAAGAACCUCAGUGGCAGAAAAACUCUAUAGAUGGGCCUAUUGUAGGAAAACCUCACAUAGCAAAUAACAUAUUAUGCAUAAGAGGAUCCACUCUGGAGGAAAGCCAUACAAAUUACUUGUGGUUCAUUGAAGGACCGACACAGGAGAGAAGCCCUAUAACUACCAAUGCAGUAAAAGCUUUUACAAGCAGGGCAACUUGGUGAUAUAUCAGAGGACUCACAUAAGAGGAAAACUCUUAGAAUGUGCUGAUUGGAAAAAAAUCAGUCAGAAUUGGAACCUAAUGGAAUAUUACGGGAUGCACACAGGAAAGAAUUCAAAUAACUGUACUGAUUGUGGUAAAAGUUUCAUUACAAAUUCCCAGCUGGUGAUACACCAGAAGAUGCACACAGGAGAGAAAGCAUUUGAAUGUCCUGAUUGUGGGAUAGGUUUCAGUCAUAAUUCAAGCCUGGUGAUUCAUCAGAGGACUCACACAGGAGAGAAACCCUUUGAGUGCUCUGAUUGUGGCAAACAUUUCAGUCGAAAUUUCACUUUAGUUCAACAUCAGAGGACUCACACAGGAGACAAACCCUUUGAAUGUUCUGAUUGUGGGAAAGGUUUUAGUCAGAAUUCCAACCUGGUGGAACACCAGAGGACUCACACAGGAGAAAAACCGUUUGAAUGUCCUGAUUGUGGGAAAAGUUUCAGUCAUAAUUCAAGCCUGGUGACUCAUCAGAGGAUUCACACAGGAGAGAAACCCUUUGAAUGUCCUGAUUGUGGGAAACAUUUCAGUCAGAAUUCCCAUUUGGUUAAACACCAGAGGACUCACACAGGAGAGAAACCCUUUGAAUGUCCUCUUUGUGGGAAAGGUUUCAAUCAGAAUUCCAGGCUGGUGGAACACCAGAGGACUCACACAGGAGAAAAGCCCUUUGAAUGUCCUGAUUGUGUGAAAUGUUUCAGUCAUAAUUCAAGCCUGGUGAUUCAUCAGAGGACUCACACAGGAGAGAAACCCUUUGAAUGUUCUGAUUGUGGCAAACGUUUCAUUCUGAAUUCCCAUUUGGUUAAACACCAGAGGACUCACACAGGAGAAAAACCCUUUGAAUGUUCUGAUUGUGGCAAACAUUUCAGUGAAAAGUUCGCUUUAGUUCAACACCAGAGGACUCACACAGGAGAAAAACCGUUUGAAUGUCCUGAUUGUGGGAAAAGUUUCAGUCAUAAUUCAAGCCUGGUGACUCAUCAGAGGACUCACACAGGAGAGAAACCCUUUGAAUGUUCUGAUUGUGGCAAACAUUUCAGUCGAAAUUCCACUUUAGUUCAACACCAAAGGACUCACACAGGAGAAAAACCAUUUGAAUGUCCUGAUUGUGGGAAAGGUUUCAUUUAUAAGUCAAGCCUGGUGAUUCAUCAAAGGACUCACACAGGAGAAAAGCCAUUUGAAUGUCCUGAAUGUGGGAUAGGUUUCAGUCAUAAUUCAAGCCUGGUGGACCACCAGAGGACUCACACAGGAGAGAAACCCUUUGAAUGUUCUGAUUGUGGCAAACGUUUCCGUUGCAAUUCCGCUUUGUUUCAACACCAGAAGACUCACACAGGAGAGAAACCCUUUGAAUGUUCUGAUUGUGGCAAACGUUUCAGUCUGAAUUACAAUUUGGUUAGCCACCAGAGGACUCACACAGGAGAGAAAGCCUUUGAAUGUUCUAAUUGUGAUAAACGUUUCAGUCGGAAUUAUUCCCUGGUGAUUCAUCAGAGGACUCACACAGGAGAGAAACCCUAUGAAUGUCCUAUCUGUGGGAAAGGUUUCAAUCAGAAUUCCAGGCUGGUGAAACACCAGAGGAGUCACACAGGAGAAAAACACUUUGAAUGUCCUGUUUGUGGGAAAAAAUUCAGUGAGAAGUCCAAACUGAUGAAACACCAGAGGACUUACACGAGAGAAACAAUGACAGAGUUGUCAGGUUCCCCGGGAAUCUUUAAGGAGAAACUGGACAGCCAUUUAUCCAGAAUGUGGUACGUAUAUUACAGGAUGCACACAGGAAAGAAAUCAUAUAAUUGUGCUGAUUGUGGAAAAAGUUUCAUUACAAAUUCCCAGCUGGUGAUACACCAGAGGACUCACACAGGAGAGAAACUGUUUGAAUGUCCUGAUUGUGGGAAAAGUUUCAGUCAUAAUUCAAGCCUGGUGACUCAUCAGAGGACUCACACAGGAGAGAAACCCUUUGAAUGUUCUGAUUGUGGCAAACGUUUCAGUCGAAAUUUCACCUUGGUUCAACACCAGAGGACACACACGGGAGAAAAACCGUUUGAAUGCCCUGACUGUGGGAUAGGUUUCAGUCAUAAUUCAAGCCUGGUGGUUCAUCAGAGGACUCACACAGGAGAGAAACCCUUUGAAUGUUCCGAUUGUGGCAAACGUUUCCGUUGCAACUCUGCUUUGGUUCAACACCAGAGGACUCAGCAAGGAGAAAAAUCGUUUGAAUGUCCUGAUUGUGGGAAAGGUUUCAUUUAUAAGUCAAGCCUGGUGAUUCAUCAAAGGACUCACACAGGAGAGAAACCCUUUGAAUGUCCUAUCUGUGGGAAAAGUUUCAGUAAGAAUUCCAAUUUGGUUAGCCACCAGAGGACCCACACAGGAGACAAAGCCUUUGAAUGUCCUGAUUGUGGUAAACGUUUUAGUCGGAAUUAUGACCUGGUGAUUCAUCAGAGGACUCACACAGGAGAGAAACCCUAUGAAUGUCCUCUUUGUGGGAAAGGUUUCAAUCAGAAUUCCAGGUUGGUGGAACACCAGAGGAUUCACACAGGAGAAAAACCCUUUGAAUGUCCUGAUUGUGGGAAACGUUUCAGUCAGAAUUAUUGCCUGGUGAACCACCAGAGGAUUCACACAGGAGAGAAACCCUAUGAAUGUCCUGAUUGUGGGAAACGUUUCAGUCAGAAUUCCAGCCUUGUGAUACACCAGAGGACUCACACAGGAGAGAAACCCUUUGAAUGUCCUGUUUGUGGGAAAUUAUUCAGUCAGAAUUGCACCCUGGUGAAACACCAGAGGACACACACAGGAGAGAAACCAUUUGAAUGUCCAGAUUGUGGGAAACGUUUCAGUCAGAAUUAUGACCUGGUGAACCACCAGAGGACUCACACACGAGAAAAACCCUUUGAAUGUCCUGUUUGUGGGAAAAGUUUCAGUAUGUAUUCCCAUCUGUUGGAACACCAGAGGACUCACACAGGAGAGAAACCCUUUGAAUGUCCCGGUUGUGGGAAAGGUUUCAGUCGUAAUUCCAGCUUGGUGGACCACCAGAGGACUCACACAGGUGAGAAACCCUUUGAAUGUUCUGAUUGUGGCAAACGUUUCAGUCGAAAUUUCACCUUGAUUCAACACCAGAGGACACACACAGGAGAAAAACCGUUUGAAUGCCCUGAGUGUGGGAUAGGCUUCAGUCAUAAUUCAAGCCUGGUGAUUCAUCAGAGGACUCACACAGGAGAGAAACCCUUUGAAUGUUCUGAUUGUGGCAAACGUUUCCGUUGCAAUUCUGCUUUGGUUCAACACCAGAGGACUCAGCAAGGGGAAAAAUCAUUUGAAUGUCCUGAUUGUGGGAAAGGUUUCAUUUAUAAGUCAAGACUGGUGAUUCAUCAAAGGACUCACACAGGAGAGAAACCCUUUGAAUGUCCUAUCUGUGGGAAAAGUUUCAGUAAGAAUUCCAAUUUGGUUAGCCACCAGAGGACUCACACAUGA